UUAUCAACAUCUUCACAUCGGCUGUACAUGUCAACAUCCUGGAUUGGUUAGCUUCUGCCAGUGAAGUCAUAACCUAGAGAUGAUGUCCAUCUUUUGUAAUCAAAAGAAGUUUAAAUAAAAGUUGCAAAAUCAUUUAGUGACAAAUCGCAGACAGAGUAAGUGUUCUCAUGAUCUGCCAGCUGCUUUAUUUCGUGUGGGGUUGGUCUGUAACUGUCUCGUCGGUCAUCUGCCACAAGAGCAUUGUUAAAAACGUCAUCAAGUCUGUCAACAAAUUGCUGUAACUCAGCUGUUUAGAUUCUACACUAUUUUAGCUUCAGUCAUAAAUUUUUAUUUCAACUUUUGUGACACUCAAUCACAGCUCAUAAGACAAAAUUUAUCAUACGAUCUGCAUGAAACUUCCCUUUAGCCUUUCACUUCCUUUAGACAGGAAAGGCAUUUACAAGUAUAGGAUAGUGGAUAACUAUCUUAGUUAAUCAUACAGUGGAAUUAUAAGAAGCAUCUCCACAGUUACUCGACACAGACAGUGACUAAAGUUUCUAUGUUGUUUGUCCUUAUUACAUGCUCAUCGGUUGACUGAGAAGGAUUCCUAACGAGGUUUCUGUUUUGUAGUUUUUAAUGCAAUAUUUGUGUGAAAUUGAUUUAUCAGAUUUGUACACAAUUUGCUCUGAUCACAAUGGCGACAACAAAUACUGUAUCGCUUUCAAAAAACGUGACAUCUGUCCAGAUGGAAGAGUACUUGACAAGUCUAAGUUGGGAAAAAAUGGCGGAACUUUCACCUUCUAUCGCCUUCCUAUCUGUGCUGAUCAUUCUGGGAGUUCCUGGUAACACUUUGAUUUUCUUCAUCUACUGGAGGUACUUCAAGGCCAGUUCCACAAGAGUGUUUGUCUUGUCUAUGGCCGUCGUCGACUUGCUCACGAGUGCUCUGUCUUGUUCUAGUUUAAUUAUUGAAGUCUGCUUUCUUUACACCUUUGUACAUCCUCAUGCCUGCCAAGCCAUGUUUAUCAUUGCGAGACUACCAGUGGUGACAUCAGGCUGGCUUCUAGUAUUCGUGGCUCUGGACAGACGUCAUCGCAUCUGUCAACCGUUGAGGAGACACAUGAGCCCUCGCCAAGCUUUGUACCUGGUGCUAGUAUCAGUGGCUCUGGCCUCCGCAACCACCUUCCCUUUCUUUCCUCUUCGAAAUAUUGUAAUGGUGAAGACCGACAAGGACCAUGUUUUGGGCAAAAGAUGUGAUAUAACUGUCGAAUUUUCCAGUCCACAGCUUAAAACCGCCGAGUCGUUGACGUUAAUGUUGACUCUAAUAUUUGGUUUAUUGUUGAUGAUUUCAUCUUACGUGCACAUUGGCUACAAGCUCCACAGGCAAAAGAGUAGAAACCAGAUGGCACCACACACUGAACGACAAGAUCAGAAGAGAGAACUAAAGGAAUCAGAAGUACCCAUCAAGAUCGUCGAGAACGACAUUUCUACAGUGAUGUCGACUACAUCUACGUCACACGGUUUGAUUGUAAAAGCAUCAGCCACCUCGGAAGCUGUGGAAACAACCACUGUGCCUCCAACAGUGGAAAGCACUGGUCCGUCAAAACAAGACGGUUGCACAGCUACAGUCAGUGUAGGAAGUGACGGGAAGACAACAAAGGUGUCAACACGUGGUCACGUGGGCAAAAAGAUUCCGUCGAGAACAACGUUGAUGAUGUUCGUCCUGACGGUCACAGCCAUUGUCAGCUACGUACCUUACGUCAUUAUAUCGAACCUUGAUGAUGAUGAGUGGGGUGGCUGCCUAGAGAAGACAGGAUGGGAGAUGAACUCGUGUAUGAUCGCUCUACUCUUUGUAAACGUCAACAGCAUCGUCAACCCCUUCAUCUACAGCUUCUGUAAUCCAACCUUCCGUGCCAAGUGUCGUCAUAUUUUUUGUUCGGUUCGACAACGGUUUUCAGGUUGAUUUGCUGUUGUACUGAUGUAUAAAACCUCCUGCAGUAGCUGUUAGAAACUAACUUCCUUCGUAUACGAAUACAUAAUAUAAAAUUUCCCGGCUUCAAAACCUUAGUUAUAUCGUAUUUCAAGACACGUAUAUACAACUUUGAAGAUUACACACGAAAAAUGAAUAAUAACAAACAGUACAUAUAUAUAUCAUAAAGUCUAUAUAUAAAUACACUAUUGCUUACUGUAUUGAUUAUUUAUCAUCUGAUAAUCAACUGUUGAUAGACUGCCAGUCUUGAGGAUGGAAAAUCAUCAUCGUCGUUAUGCCGCAUAAUGAUGUACUUAUAUUUUGGUGUAAAUAGAGAAGUUGGAAAAAUUUAUUAGCAUUGAGAUCUCCGUCUUUCCAAUAUUGUAUAACUUAGGCGUGUAACCCUAACAAUGACGACCGUAACAUUCAUUCUACAUGAUGCUGCUCGUGCCUUCACAAUGUUCAAACGUAUUUGAUAUCAGAAAAGUAUUAUCACCUUUAAGUUGCUGAUGCUGAUGUCUACACAUACUGAAUACAUACUGAAAUGUGAAUAUUACUUCUUUAUAUUAUGUAUGACCUGGUUCUCGAUGAGUUAACUCCUAAAUUAUUGUGCUGAAUGACGAUGGACUAAAUGUCUGAUUCUUCAGAUGCUGUUGUAAUGUAUAUUUUGUGCUGUACAGUGAUGCUACUGAAGAGUAAAUGCUCAAAUGAGUAGUGAGAUUUUUUUUAUCAUAGUCAACAGGUGGAGGAGAUGUCCUCUUGAGAAGCUUUUAAAAUUUUGAUAAAAACCAACAAAUGAACGCAGUGAAACAAC